AUGUUGGGAGAUGUGGAUGCGUGUUUGAAGAAGAAAGCAAGUCAAGAACCAACUCAGGUGAUCUCAACAACUACUAGUGCAUCUAAGCUUAACGAGUAUAUUUGUAUUGACGAUGAUAUCAUUAAAGUUAGAGGAAUCAAAACUAAGACCAAACUUGUUGGCAAUUCUAAAAGGCCAAAGAAUGCUUUGGAAAAGCUCACAAAGAAGAAAAAGCCUCGAAAUAAAGAAGAAUGUGCUCUAUUGGAACAAGAACCUGAUUCUCACAAUAAGACUAUUCACAUGCCAACCCAAUCUCAAGCAACAAUGGAUAUUUCACAGGCAGAAUUACCACAACAAGAAGAAUUAAGCUUACUGAGCUCUGAAGGACUAGACUUGCUGAGCUCUGAGUUGACAUGCAGUGCCAAGACACAUGAUAUGGACGUCCAAGAUGUUGAAUGA